AUGUUUCUUUUGCUGCUGCUGCUGCCAGCCAUUUGCUGCCUCAGCUAUUUGAGCCACACAGACGCCUUGUUGCUGCAGUCAAAGUUUGCUGCUGCCUUCAUCCAUAGCAGCAGCAGCAGCAGCAGCAGCUACACACUGCCGUCACAGAGGCACAGGUGGGCUAAAGGGGCCCUAUCCAAGUGCAGCACAGUUGGAGCAGCAGCACCACCGGUUGCAGCAGCAGCAAUACAGCCACCAGCAGAGGUACCCGAAACAGCAGGAACCGAUACUGCAGGAGCAGGAACAGCAGCAACAGCAGCAACAGCAGCAACAGAAGCAGCAACAGCAGAUGGCGUUGGAGGGUUCGAUGUGUUAGCCUUAACUUCUCCCGAGGCAGUGAAGUAUUUCUUCCUCUGCUGCAGGGAUGCUGGUGUAGCAGCAGCAGAUGUGCUGCUGCGGCGACCGCCGCUGCAGCAGCAGCAGCAACUGCAGCAGCAGCAGCAACAGCUGCAGCCAGUGCUGGUAGCUGCUGUCGGUGAGGCAACUGCGGAGGAAUUCACACAGCAGCUUUCUGCUGCUGCUGCUGCUGCUGCUGUUUCUCCAUCAUCUGGAGGCGGUCUGCUGCCAUGUGAGCACACCCAGCAGCAGCAACAGCAGCAGCAGCAGCAGCAGCUCAAGCAGCAGCAGCAGCAGGAGGAGGAUGGACAAUACGCUGACAAUGCAAUUAAUCUCUUACAGCCUUUUGUCUCCUCCGUGUCUUCUGCUGCAUCUCUUGCAGCAGAGCUGCAAUCCUUAGUAGAGCGAGAAGCAGCAACAGCAGCAGCAACAGCAGCAACAACAGCAACUGCAGCAGCAGGUAGCAGCAGAUUACGUCCUCCCUUGUUAUCCCUACCCUUAAUCUGCAGCAGCUGCAGCAGACGUCUUUGUCGUCUCUUAUGGCCUUCCUCUGCAUUAGCAGAAGAUCAGCUCAUUCGCUGCCUCAGCAGCAGCAGUAGCAGCAGCAGGAGCAGCAGCAACAGCAACAGCAACAGCAGCAGCUGCUGCAGCGAUCCAAGUCAGGCUGUAUGUUGGCGAGUUGUGCCUCUUCGUGUUUAUUCAACUGCUGCUCUUCAGCUGUCUCGGGAGGUGAGGAGACAGCUGCUGCAGCUGCUCAGCAGCAGGUAUAGACCCAGCUGCAGCUGCAGCAACAGCAACAGCAGCAGCAAUAGCAGCAGCAGCAGCAGCAGCAGCAAGGAAGUGCCUUAUUGGGGAGUUGCUGUUAUGUUUGGAAGUCCCUCGGCUGUAUCUUCGUGGGUGCAUGCAAACCGCUUGCCUGUUUGCUGCAGCAGCAGCAACAGCAGCAGCAGCAGCAGGGACGGUAGCAGCAACAGCAGGUGCAACUGUAUAGUAGCGAUUUGCAUAGGGGAGACGACGGCAAGAGCAGCAAAAGAGGCAGGCUUUGCUCGCGUCCUCUGCCCCCACAAGCCCAGCACAAAGGGAUGGCUAAGCUGUCUAUACACCGCAUUGGGGUCGCAGCAGCAGCAGCAGCAGCAACAGCAGCAGCAGCAGGCUGCCACAGAUUCUCGUAGGAAACCCCUGGUGAUCAUCACCCGCGCACAAGCAAAAGCGGUCAAGCUGCUGCAGCAGAUGCAGCAGCAACAGCAAGUGCAGCAGCAGCAGCAGCAAGUGCAGCAGCAGCAGCAGCAAGUGCAGCAGCAGCAAACAGAAGAAUUGCAACUAAAUACACUAGAUAUGGGCUCAUAUGAUGUGCUGCUGCUGCCCCUUGUAGAGACACAAACAGAUAAGCAGCAGCAGCAACAGCAGCAGCAGCUGCAGCAGCUGCUGCAACAGCAGCUGCUACAGGCACCGAAAACGGGGCCUCAACAGCAGCAGCAGCAACAGCAGCACCAGUUCUUGUUGCAGCAAGAACAGCAAGAUAAGCAGAGGACUGGCAGCAGCAGGUGCAGCAGCAGCAGCAGCAGCAGCAGGAAGCAAAGGGAGAAGGUAAGGACGUACAGCAAGAGGUUUGCGGACGACGAGUGUCUUCUUGCUGCACAGCAGCACAAAACAAAGCACGCAGCAGCGCAAUCCCUAGGACCUACACCAUCAGGAGCAGCAGCAGCAGCAGCAGCAGGAGCAGCAGGAGCAUCAGCAGCAGGAGGUUGA